UUGGGCACCCAACUCCUCCAAAUCCUGAUCCUCUGAAUUCACUCGCGGAGAGAGAGAGAGGGAGAGAGAGGGGACGGCGGAGAUAUGGCUCAGAUUAGUGCUUCUUCUCUAAUCAGUCCCAUGGAUUAUUCUUCUUCUAAUUACCGAAAAUGUAAUCUUCUCUUUCCACCCCACUAUUCAUCUUUUGCCCUUCGUUCUCAUUCUAACACUAUAAACCCUAGAAGUUCUACUCCUUCUGCGACCAUCAUCAGCCCCCAGCCCAGUUUUGGAAGAGAAAGGUUGUCAAAAAAAAAACCCAGGUCGGGGAAUCUGCGCAUUCCGGAAGAUUUUCCAACCAUUUUCAAAAUCAAUAAUGCGUUAUCGAAGAUUACGAAAUCGGGUAAGUACAGCACGGCUCUUUCUCAUUUUAACGAGUUGCAGUUAAAGGACAUUGAGCUAAAUUUUUAUACCUUCAACAUUGCAAUUAACUGCUACUGUUGCGCGAAUCGAGUUGGCUUUGGGUUCUCUCUUUUAGGCAGCAUCUUCAAACGCGGUUACACGCCUAACGUAGUUACCUUCACCACUCUGUUAAAUGGACUUAUUGCACAAGAUAAAGCUGGUGAGGCUCUCUCUCUUUUCAACAAGUUGCAGUUACAAGACAUUGAGAUAAAUUUGUAUACCUUCAACAUUGCAAUUAACUGUUAUUGUCGAGUGAAUCGAGUCGGCUUUGGGUUCUCGCUUUUAGGCUGUAUCUUGAAACGUGGCUAUACGCCUGAUGUAGCUACCUUCAACACCCUGUUGAAUGGACUUAUUAUACUGGAUAAAAAUGUUGAGGCCGUGGAGUUUUUUGAGAAAAUUGUCAAAAAAGGCAUAUUCAAACCCAAUGUGUCGAGUUAUGGAUCGUUUAUAAACAGGCUUUGCAAAAUGGGAAACACGGGAGCGGCUAUUAGUUUUCUGAGGAUAGCGGAAGAGGGAGGUUUAAACCCUGACACGGUGGCAUACAGCGUCAUCAUUAACUGUCUUUGUGAGGAUGGGAUGGUGGAUCACGCUGUCAACUUCUUAGUAGAAAUGGAUAGCAAAGGUAUUCCGGCAAAUGUUGUCACCUAUACAUCCUUGAUUGAUGGCCUAUGCAAACAUGGUAAGUGGAAGGAGGCUACAGGAAUGCUAAUACAAAUGGUGGAUAGAAGUAUUUCACCAAAUGUCUGGACAGUAACUGUUUUGGUCGAUGCACUUAGCAAGCAAGGGAUGACAAAGGAAGCGGAGGUGCUACUUGAAGACAUGAUAGAAAGGGGUGUUUAUCCUGUUGUAGUCACAUACUCUACUCUUAUGGAUGGAUAUAGUUUGCAAGGCCAGAUGGACGAAGCAAUGAGAUUGUUAAGUGCUAUGGUGGGUAGGGACAUUCAUCCUAACACUCAUUGCUAUAACAUUUUGAUUAAGGGAUAUUGCAAGAACAUGCAGUUAGAUAAGGCCAUGCAUCUCUUCCGAGAAAUGCCUUUAUGGGGUUUGAAACGUGACAUUGUUACUUUCGAUUCUCUAUUGCUGGGUCUCGUUCACAUAGGUAGAUAUACUGCUGCUCAAGAAAUUCUUAAUGAGAUGCAAGCUGCUCGCCGAAUUCCUUAUCCUGAAACUUUUGGUCUCCUGUUGGGCGGCCUUUGCCAAAGUGGGCAUAUUGAUGAAGCAAUGUUCUUAAUUGACAUGAUGAAAAAAGGGGUUUAGGGCUCGAUAUUGUUGAGUACAAUGUCCUUGUUGAUGAGUAUCGCAAGAAUAAAACACUUGAUAAUGCAAGGGCUCUUUACACUAUACUGCCUUCCAAAGGGUCAUCCUGAUGAUAGAACCUCAUUGAUAUGAUUCAAUGUCUUUUGAGGAAGGCCUCCUUGGUGAAGUUGCCUGCGGAAUGAUUCGGGGAUUUAUUAGACGUAUGAAGUCCUUUGAGGCCAUUUUACUCCCUGAGGAAAUGAUUGAGGCCUUUGAUCCUUUGAAGUUCCAAAUGCCGAAUGCCCAAGUGUAGCCUGUUCAGCCCAAUUGGUGUUGUAAGUCUGAUUUGAGUGUCGGCACAUGUCCGGAGAGUGUUGGUGUCCGCUAAGUGUCUGGUGAUAUAGAAAAAAGAAGAAGAAGCCAAAUGCAGAUUUAGUCAACGACUAAAAGGAAUUCCGCACAUAUAAUGGAAGUGAUGCAGGAGCAAGAGAACCCAUCGGCAUUGGAACUUGACCGGAACAGAAAGUUCAUGGUAACUUAUACUAAGAAACAAAGAGAAUGGAGGAUGAGGAGGUUCUAUUUGGCGCAGUUGACUCAGGUCAGAAGUAGAGCCUGGGUCAAAAACAGCGAGCUCAAGAUCAGGAACAUACUUUGGCCUAGAAAUAUGUAAUCCUUCCACCGAGGAAACAAUACUGCUAUCUUAGGGACUCUGGAAGGUAUGAAACUUUAGUCGAAAAGAGAUCCAAAACUUCUAUCCUGAAGCGGCAGGCUACAAUGUUACUAAGUUUUGCCCUGGAUAUGAUAGUUUUUGUUGGGAAUUUCCUUUUUUAGAGCUCUUAAGGAACUAAGUAAGAGAAGUGGAGCUAGGUUAUGAAAUAAUACCAUCCAAGAUGGAGCAUAGCAGUUGAUAUGAAAGACAUUUUUGCGGUAUUUGUUUAAAGAGCUUCUCAUGAGAUGAAGGCACGAACGUUGGGCCAUGCCAUGUAAAUGCAAAAGAUCUGUUCUUUUUGAGGUUCGACCAAGGUUCUGUAAUAGUCUGGUGUGCUGGCAGUAUAGCAUCAGUGGUUUAUCAUAGCUCUAGGAUGAAUACCCUUGGUUUGCUCGUACUUGGUAUACUUUGAUGCUUCCUUUUUCAGUGAUUGUAAGACCUUGCUGCUGUGGCAAGGAACCAUGCCAGGUCACUUUUUUGAGCCAAAAUGGCCUUGGUUAUUCUCCUUAGUUUUUCCCCCUUGCAACUAGUUUGGCUUUUCUUUAGACUCUAGGAGAACAAUAUUGGGGUUCUGCUGUUGUUUAGAGAGAGGCUCAAUUGAUCAUAUUAUGCUUAGUUGGAUGUUCAACCCACUCAUUGGUCUAUCCCUUCUUAUCUCCAGUAUAUUUUUGAGGAACUAUCUCCAGUAUAUCGGAUUAUUUGGUACUUAAGGUCGGCUUAUCCAGCUCUGUUGCGAUAGUUCGUUUCUUUGCCCUCUGUAGGACCAUUGUUGGCAUCUGAUUCCUUCUAGACUCGAGUUCAAUUGACACGCAGAUGUAAAUCUUAAUGGCAUUUCGGGGGAAGUCCUUCUCAUCCUGGCAGUCUAACUAGAACUCUGUCUCCCAGCAGAGGUGUGGCCGGUAAAUAACCUCAAAGAGUACGAAUCUCUUUCUGUAUUCCAUCCUGUUCCUAGUCGCUCGGACCUCGAAUGCUGACUGCUCACUGCUCUCUGGGGGCGGGAAGGAAGAGGGAACGGGUAAGAACAGCAGAGGGAGUCCUUAUUCUUUCCAGUCUCUUCUGAGUUCUCUCUCUUUUUCUUUCCUUCCUCUUCUUGCCUCAGCAAUGGAAUUGUACGGCCUUGACUUUGAUCCCAAUACUUGCUUCUCAUUUCUAACGGGUGAUGGCCUGGAAGGUUCGACAUUUUUUCAAUAUUCUAGCUGUCCAUCGAAUAUCAGAGGAUGAAGACUUCAAUUUCAAAUCCAACGAUUUUUCUGAUCUUUAAUCACUCCAUAGAUAGUGCCCUAAAGAUCGUCAGCUGCCUUCCAAGAAGUCAGAUCUUUUUCUCUAUAAAGUCAGACUGGAAGGAGGCUACUAGAUCUAAGGGAAAGCGGGCAACUCUUGGCUUAAUGACAGAUCCAACCGAGAGAGACCUUAGUAAAGGGUCAACUUAUCGUCUAGCUUCCCGGCCGGCAAUUAAAAGAAGGGGGUAGCGAUUCAUUGAUGUGGGGCUUAGCCUUUGGUUCGAAGAGAACCCAAUGUGUAGCCGGGGCACCGUUGUCCCCUUGUACGGGGGUAGUGGGGAUGUAUUCGAUAGCGCAUGUUGGCCUAUACUCUAUAACCUUCAUUUCCAGAUAAGUUGAUCAUUGGUAAAUGAGCAUCCUUGUCCAGUGCACAAGUGAAUGGGGGAUGACUGAUCAUGUGCAUGUUUAUAUCUUUUGCUACUUUGUUACUUCCUUUUGUUCUUUCCAAUCUUCUUGGUAUCUUGUACUUGUUUAAGGAAAAAAGAUUAUCAUAUUUAGCAAUGUUGAGGUUUAUGUAUCAAUAUCAACUAUUUUCGCUUCCAUGUGACCGUGUUAUUGAGUAAAAAAAUACCUUUGUCUCCUUAUCUUUUUCUUGUCUAAAGCAUCAUUAGUACCACGUAUAGGUAAGCUACUUACAGACUUACACUAAUGGGAAAGGGUGGCAGGGAUUGAAAAGCCCGCGAUGAACUAUGUGAACCACGUGACUGUUUUGACACAUGAUAUUUAUGAGUUGUUUUGUACAUUGUGGGGUUGUCAUUUUGUUCUGUUCAAGGGGCUGUAAUGGCGCACAAACCAAACCAGGGGGCGGCUUGGGGUAAUUAUCUUUUUCUUGUUUAAAGUAUCAUCAGUACCACGUAUAGAUGAUGGGAAAGGGUGGCAGGGAUUGAAACACCUGCGUUGAACUAUGUGAACCAUGUGACUGUUUUGAUACAUGACAUUCAUGAACAGUUACGUGGUAUCCUACUUUGAAGAGUUAGCUAUGCAUUUGCUUCCCGUUUCCGGUUUCGAAAGUCUGGAUUUUGAUUACAGUUAGUGCCACAUUCUCCACUGGGAGAUUGACACUCAAAUGUCAUAAAAAAUGCAGGUUUAAUCCAAACUCUUCAACUUGUUGCCUCUGUAAAUAGCGAUGUGGCUGCCAAGGGCCAAUUAUAUGUCUCUUAUGUUAAUAUGCAGGUAAGAGAUGUGUGGAAAUGAAGUUUCAGAGAGCAUGUUGAUGAAAGCUUUCAAUCAGCUCUCGAUGGCAAACGAACUUUUCUUGGUUUCUAAACCAAAAGGAGAGCAAGGUUCGCGUAGAAGUACGAGAGUUGAAUGUUGCAAGUGAUGUCUUAUAUGUAGGCACAGCAUUAAAAGUGGAGAUUCUUUUCCUCUGAUUUCUACAAGCUGGUUUUCUCUUAAUAUAGUUGGAAAAAGUUUCUCUUUCUUAAGUUUACUUAUAUGAAAUUAGUGAUGCUAGGAAUUCGAGGUCGAAGGUUUUGUAUAUUUCCAGCCAAGAAUUAAUGGCAUUGUGGAGUUCUCAAAUAACAAUUGUGUUCUGUAGCAACAAUUGAGUUGAGCAAUGAGAUUGGUCGUCGAGUGAUGAGAUUGGUCGUCGA